AUGGAAGCCACCGAUUAUUUGCUUGAGGUUUGGCAAAAGGAUAGACACUCAAAGAAAGAAAUUGGAAUGAGAUUUUCGAAAUGUCAUCUCUAUGUCACAUGUGAACCAUGUAUCAUGUGUGCAGCAGCUAUAUCAAUUCUUGGUAUUAAAGCUGUAUGUUAUGGUUAUGCUAAUGAUAAGUUCGGAGGCUGUGGAUCAAUCUUGUCGUUACAUUCUAGAAACACUGAGCACGCACUUAAUGAUGGUGCUUCGGAAAUGAAAGGUCAUAUAAAGGAGGAAGGAGGAGUAAAUGGCAUCCGAAGUUAUCUCACUUUUUCGGAGUUUCUAUGA